UUAUAUCAUCGUUGAUGUGAUAAUAAUAAAAGAACGAAAAACACAGAAGAAGCAAGCAUAAGUACAUGACUCAAAAUGCCUAUAAAUAAUGGAAGAUCGUGAUGGAUCAUCUUCCGUAGUUAAGACACCAGUGUCGGAUACGGAUUCAGGUUUCCGGUCCCCGCCAUUAAUUCUCUCUCUACAACAAAGCAAGAUACAUCUUCCUCUGUAAUUGCUUGCAGAAUCAAUUUUGAAGGUGGGGGACCAAACAGAAAACGUUGCUUUCCCAGUACUCCAAAUGACCUCUUGAAAAGAAGAAUCAAUUAAAGCAUGGCAGAUUGACCGCCAUUGAAACACCAGUACCAAAUCCAGUUUUUUAUUUAUAAGAAAAAAAAUUACCAGAGAAACCUCAACGUCUUUCUCUGCCGCAGAAAGUGGGAAAGUACGAUUUGGCAGUUUUCUUCACCUUCCGUCAUUUUCCUUAAGCGGUGCCAAUGACUUGUCGGUUUUCGAAGGAACUUUGUCCCCCUGCAUCAAUUUUGUGUGCUUUUGUAACACCUUUUUCUGGUUAGAUUUUUCUUCUGUGAUUGGUGGAGAAGAAAUGAGUUUGGAAUCGUUUCAGUUCGUCGAUGAGGAGAUCCAUAACCUGAUGUCGGCAGACCCGCCGGUGAAGACCGGCAAUUCGUUCACAGCUCUUCUCGAGCUCCCACCAAAUCAAGCCGUGAAGCUUCUACACUCGCCGGAAGAAUCAACACCUAAUGUUUUUGCCUCCGUAUGUUCGGUGAUGGAGAUAGAGAAUUCACCAAAUUCGAGCCGUGAUAACUUCGAUCUGGUGAAACUAGAGCCUGUGGAAUCAGGUUCCAUGCAUAAUUCAUCACUGAUUUUCUCAGAUCCAAUUAUUUCAAAAUCAACUAAACGGAAGGAUCGAGAGAAGAAGAUGAAAAGCUCUGCAACAGAGAUCGAUGGCGAGAAGCUCCCGUACGUUCACGUUCGUGCUCGGCGGGGUGAAGCAACAGAUAGCCAUAGCUUAGCCGAACGAGCAAGGAGAGAGAAGAUCAAUGCUCGGAUGAAGCUUCUUCAAGAGCUGGUCCCCGGUUGUAAUAAGAUUGCUGGAACAGCGAUGGUGCUCGACGAGAUCAUCAAUCAUGUACAAUCCCUGCAACUUCAAGUAGAGUUGUUAUCAAUGAAAUUGGCUGCUGUUUACCCUACAAUUGGUUUAAACGUUGACAGUUUGUUUCCUUCAGAGAGUGGAUCACCGAUGGAUUAUAACUUCACGGGCAUGGUCUCACAAUCAUGGGGUCUCGACGAACAAGCAAAAGUGAACACACAACCGGUAUGGUAUCAUGAUGAGAUCAAUACUUUGAUGACACCAGAGAACUCACUGUUAAGCUACGACUGUUCAGGCAAUUUAGGUAAAUCCCGAAUUGAUUUUUUUAAUGUAGAUGAGAGAUCGAAUGUUCGUUUGAGCUGAUUGUCGAUUGUGGACAGCUUCUUGGCUCACGAGUCAGCUAAAAAUGGAGUUAUGAAGAUGGUGCGGCUCAUGGAAGGCCGAUCAUUGUGUAUAGAAAAGUUUGGAGUGGUUUAUAGAAGAUUAGAAGUUACUACAAUAAAAUCGGCUUUAUAGGGAUGCCACCAAUUGCUACCCGUUCUAAUAAACCGUUUUAUAAGACUUCAUUUAUAAAAUCAAAAAAAAUAAAGCAUCUAAUCUAAAAACGUUGUA